AUGGCCCCCUCCAACAAACAAAUCCUCAGUCUUUACAGGCAGCUUUUGUCCAAGGCCGCCAAGUUCGACAACUACAACUUCAGAGAGCAUGCCAAAAGAAGAGUCCAGGACUCGUUCAGGGAACACAAGGCGCUCAAGGACGAGCUGAAGAUCACGGCAUUCUACAACGAGGGUGUUGACAACUUGGCCAUGUUGACCAGGCAGACCGCCAUCUCGCAAAUGUUCACGUUCGACAAGCUUGUGGUCGAGCCGUUGAAGAGCCAUCAUUAG